UAAGGCUCUCUGUACGUUUGUGCGUGACAGCAUUUUCGAUAGGGCUCGGUUGACACAGCUUUGGACACAGUCAGGUGCACACAUAGACCAUGGCUGUAAAGCAACAGGAUCUAUUGCGAGACAUGCAGAAGUGCUUUGACCAAAUGAAAGUUGAAGAGAAUAAAACAGAAACAGUCUCUGACAGACAUCGCAAUGAGAGUAUUAAUAUUGGAUGUACAGAGUUUCCUGAUAACUCAGAAGAGGUCCGUUCGAUUCUUAAAGCUGGGUGGCUAGAAAAAACGCCUCCAAAUAGUGGGGUGAUUUUCCAGCGCCGAUGGGUGCAGCUGGAUUCAGAAUAUUUGAGAUAUUUUCAGUCUCCCAAGGAGGUAUACUCUAAAAGGAUGAUAUCUCUGCGAUGCGUUGAUAAGGUGGUCGGUGUUGGAGAUCUGAAAUUUCAGCUCCACAGUCAGAAGCGAACUUUCCUGUUCCGAGCGGACAACACUGAGGAAAAAAAUGAUUGGGUGUGUUGUCUUGAAAAGGCUCUGAGUGAUAACAAAAACAGUAUUGAAUCAAGGAAUCUGUUCUUUAAGCGGAGAAGUGUGGAUUUUAGUUUCGAAGGCUCCCUGGAGUUGAUGUCACCACGCAUCAAAGUCUACACGAUUAUGAGCAGGGACAAACUGUACCUUUUCAAGGACUGUGAGGAACAAUUUCAGGGUGUUGGUAUCACUGAUAUAGACAUGCGAUUGGCCCUAGUGAAAGAUGGAGAAAAACGCUCUUUCACACUCACCACUCCGUAUAGAACAUUCAGUUUUUUAGCAGAGUCAGAGAGUGAGAGGCAGAGAUGGUGUGACUCUCUGAAUGAGUGUGUGAGUCGAUCUCUGUCAUAUGAUGGAGUGUGUGAAAGCUUGUGGCGUGUUGCAUCCAACCAACAAUGUGCGGACUGCAGUGCUUCCAUGCCGGAGUGGGCUUCAAUAAACCUGUGUGUGCUGCUGUGUGAAAAAUGUGCAGGUGUGCACAGAAGUCUGGGACAGAACGUGUCAAAAGUUCGCAGUCUGAAGCUGGAUGAGCGAGUGUGGACCGAUGACCUCAUCAGGGUUUUUCUGCAGCUGGGUAAUGCUAAAGCAAAUACAUUCUGGGGAGCGAAUAUUCCCCCGAGCGAGAGUCUUUGCGUGAACGCAAAUGAUGAGCAUCGUCUCCAGCACAUCACAGCCAAAUAUGUGCAGGGCAAAUAUCGCAAAUAUCACACACUCUACGGGCAUCAGGAGGAGCUUGAUAGUGCUCUGUGCAAAGCAGUGCAGUCGGCAGAUUUAUUGGAGAUUCUAACAUUGCUCCACUGUGGGGCAGAUAUCAAGUGCCACACUGGUAUCCCAGAAUUCCCGACUCCACUGUCUCUGGCCAAACGCAGUGGUCAGUCAGCACAAGCGGAGCUACUUACGCAGAACCUAAACACAGCAGAAUCUUUUGAGUCAGUGCUUAAAGAUGUAUCCAUCCAGUCUCAUUGUGGCUACCUUUUCAAGCCCUCCUCAUCAUCUCGGCCAAUCACAGAGCACAAAAACAAAGCAGACUUUGCUCAGCGUUGGUGUUGUCUGGAGGGUGGAGUGUUUAGCUACUAUAAGAAUGACCAUAGCAACAAGCGUGGUAGCAUGAAGACCAGUGAAAUUAUCUGCCUGUCUGUCAACAGCCCAGGGAAACAUGUCUAUGAGCACACCUUUGAGCUGUACACUGAUGAAGGCCGAGGCUACCUGUUUGGGGCUGAUGAUGCUAACACAGUCAGAAACUGGAGCAAGGCCAUUUCCAUGGCUAUGUUACCUCCUGCCCUCUUUAAUGUAUGUGGACCCUGCGAUCGUCUGGGUCGCCUACGCUGCGUUGAAGGAAGCCAUGGGAUUGGUUGGUUUUGCUUGAGCGGCUUUAUACUGCAUGUGCUACUGGAGAACACUGUACAAACAAUUGAUCUGCGCAAACUGCUCUCGCUCACGCUCUCCGAUAGCGAUGGCUCCAUGGUGCUGGUGUGGAGGGGUGGAACCCUGCAUGUCCCAACUGACCGCAGACCUCAUUUUGUGGGCUGGCAGACCUGCAUACAGCAGAAAUCUGGCUCUGGAGAUCAACCCCUUUCUCACCAGCAGCUUACAGAGCUUGAUGUACCGGUGACCGUCGACCGCUGCUUGAACCAUGUAACACGUCAUGGACUUCUGUCUCCGGGAAUCUACCGGAAGAACGGCGUAAAUUCUCACAUUACUGAACUACUGAAAAGGUUUCACAAUGAUGCACGAAGUGUCUCAUGGAGCGAGUUAGAUUUUUCUGUGGAUGAUGUAGCAAACACUCUAAAGAGGUUUCUCAGGGAGGUCAAAGAUGGAGUGCUGAAUGGCCAGGAUAAUGCCAAGAGCUGGCUUAAUGCUGCAGGUCUGGAGGACAAAAGUGAAAGGAUUUAUCAAUACCAAAAUCUCCUAUCAAACCUACCAAUUGUCAACCAAGCAACACUCAAGGUCCUCACACACCACCUGCAUAGUGUUCAGCAUCUGUCCAACGAGAAUCAGAUGACAAAAAAAAACCUUAGUAUUGUGUUUGGUCCAACGCUCUUCCAGAACGAUGGAAAAGAUGUCAAAGCAACUCGAGUGGUGGAGGAGUUGAUCCAGAACUACUGCAGUAUUUUUAAUGUUUCAGAGUCUGAACUACAGAGGCAACUCAACUUGACUACUGUCGCCCUGAAUAAACACAAAUCUGAGAGGCCCUCGAGUAAAACCACAUCCAGCAUUAUUUGUGCUGUUUAUCUUGAGAGAAUAGAGGAGGGGUUAGAGGUGCUCGUUCAGGUUGGGGCAAAUAUGACUGCAGUUGAGUUGGUUUCUGAAGUUUUGGAUCAUAAAGAAGUUAAGCCGACCAAUGAGGAUUUCUGGAGCUGUUAUGAGAUUCUAGAGAACGUGGAAAUGGACCGAAUGCUGCACUACUCAGAAAAAGUGUUGACAGUCUACUUUUCACCUGUGCUAAAGUGUAACCUGCUAGUCAAAAAGAAUCAAUACAUCAGCAGCAUCUUGAAGUACCUGGGGAUGAUGGAGAAUGUUGGUAAGAGUGGCACACUGCGUGUUUGUGAGGUUAAAACUGAACGCAGCAAAAACUAUUGUAGUCGCUACUGUGAACUGUCUGGUACCACCUUUAGACUGCACAAGGGGCUGCAGAAUUCUCCAUGUGAGAGGGAGUGGCCUGUCAAAGAGCUGAAAGUCUACAAUGGUUAUCGAAGCAAACUGAAUUCACCCACACCUUGGGGAAUAACACUGGUACAUGAAAAACGACCAUGGUAUCUCUGCUGUGAUAAUGAGGAUGAAUUCAUUGAAUGGACAGCCACUUUCUAUAGCAUUCAGUAUGAUGGUGACAUCUGGCCCUCUCUGUUGGUGAUGCAAUCUCACAACAGCUGAUUCCCUGAACAGCUGUUCAGGGAAUGGAACAUAAAGGUGUUUACAAAUAGACUGUCACACUUGGAGAGUGAGACAAUACAACCAGGAAUUGUGUUAUGUGCUAUGAAUUAACAAUCAUUUAAAUCACAGUAAUAUUUAUACAGCUGCAGAUACAAAUAAGAGACCUCUUCAAUUUCAUCAACUUCUUUUAAUCAAAAUCUCAGAAUGUAUUGUAGCAAUUACAGUCCAGGGUCUAUGAAAUUACAGUCCAGGGUCCAACAUCAAUGUGAAAGACUGUGAAAAGGCAACAAUGCAUAAAAGAACAUAAUAUAAAAUAUAACAUAUAUCGUUUUUUUAAAUGAUCCUAAAAUACAUGUAGUACAUUAGUAUUGUAUUGACUAGACAUGAAUAUGAACUUGUUUUCUUAGCAGUAUUCAAGAUCAUCAAACUUUGCAUUUUCUUAUUUGUGAUUUUGACCAGUUUGUCCCAUUUAAAUUUUUUGCAAAUAAAGAAAAACCCGUUUGGAAUUUGGGAAAAAUGUUGUCACUAGUUGAAACAAAACUAGUUUUAAUUAACAAUGUAUAGUUAAUUCAUUUUGGAAUGGUCUCUUAAUCUGUUUCUGCGGCUAUAUGAUCAUGAAUCUUUCAUCCUUAAAUCUGCUUUAGACUGAUUUAUUGUAGACAAUACAAAAGUGUUUGAAUCUUUUACUGUUGUUAUGAGCAGAAUAUUUAUUCAACUUCAGCUUACAAUACAAAACACACAAUACAGCAUUGUUUUCUAAAUUAUUUUUGAUUUGAUCAUGCCUUAUGAUGCUGUGGAAAUAUGUUUUAGUGAUAAAGUAACGUUACGCCAUAAAACUGAAAUAUAGGUGCAAUAUAACAAUUUCUUUACAUACAUAAUUUAUGAACCUUAGAAAUGAAUGUGUAAAACAGCUGAUUUUCUUAUUUGUGAAAUAUAUUGAUUUACUUUUUGUCAUUAUACUCUAAAAAUGCACAUUUAGGGGCGGUUUCCCAGACAAUGAUUAGCUUAAACCAGGACUAGGCCUUGGUUAAAUUAGGAUAAUUCAAUUGACAUACUUUACAAAAAAAAUGACUGUGUGGUUGGGUUGUCUCCUAACGUUUCACGCCUAGGAGUCAGUGCAAGAUGUUUUCGAUCAAGGCAUCUCUCACAUUUAAGUAAGUCUGAGACUAGGCUUAAGCCCUGUCCGGGAAACCCCCCCUUACUGUUUCUCGUCCCACAAAUUCAUGAAUUUCUGUUGACAAGGACUGUUUAAUAUCAUAAUAUUGUAUAAAAUAAAAUGUUCUCAGCACACAUUUACAUAUUUUUUUAAUAAUGGUAGAUUUUAUUACACAUCUAGUAUUUUAGCUAUUGAGUAUGUAUGUUUUAUUUUAUACAUCGGCACUCAUAUUUGGCUUAAAAUAUGCAUGCAGUCCUUAUGAUCUAAAUAGAAGAUUGCUAUGCUGUAGCUCAGUUGUAUUUUAUUAAAGAAAGCAUGUUGAUUUA